ACAGCGCGUCGUGCCAUGGCCACCAGCCUGCUCCGUGUUGCCCCACCUGAGGAGCUGCUCAGGCCCCUGGCUGUGCCUGAGAGGCUGCUGCUCGGGCCAGGGCCCAGCAAUGUGCCCCGCCGCAUCCAGGCUGCGGGCGGGCGGCAGCUCCUGGGCCACAUGCACCCUGAAGUGCUGCAGGUGAUGGAUGAGAUCAAGGCAGGCAUUCAGUACGCCUUCCAGACACAGAACCGGCUGACCCUGGCCAUCAGCGGCAGUGGCCACUGUGCCAUGGAGGCUGCCCUCUUCAACCUGCUCGAGCAAGGUGACACCGUGCUGGUGGCCAUCAAUGGCAUCUGGGGACAGCGUGCCGCCGACAUUGCCAGAAGGCUGGGAGCCAAUGUCUAUGAGCUGCUGAAGCCCCCGGGCAAGUACUUCACUCCACAAGACAUUGAGCAGGGCCUGGUGCAACACAAACCUUUGGUACUCUUCAUCACCCACGGCGAGUCCUCCACAGGAGUCCUGCAGCCACUGGAGGGGCUGGGCAAGCUGUGUCACCGGCAUGGCUGCCUGCUGCUUGUGGAUGCAGUGGCAUCACUUGGGGGAGCUCCCAUCUUCAUGGACCAGCAAGAGAUCGAUGUCCUGUACUCGGGGUCCCAGAAAGUCCUCAACGCACCCCCAGGCAGUGCUCCCAUCUCAUUUAGUGAGCGAGCCAGGGAGAAACUGCUGAGGAGGAAGAUGAAGCCCCCGUCCUUCUACCUGGACAUGGGCUGGUUGGCAAAUUACUGGGGCUGUGACGGGGAGCCACGGAGGUACCACCACACUGCACCCAUCAACAGCUUCUUCAGCCUGCGGGAAGGCUUGGCCAUGCUGGCAGAACUGGGUCUGGAGAGUUCGUGGGAGCGACACCAAGCCAACUGCACCCAGCUGUGCCAGGGGUUGCUUGACAUGGGGCUGGAGCUCUUUGUUGAGGAGGAGAAGGCCAGGCUUCCCACCAUCACCACUGUCAGGGUGCCUGAGGGCUACAACUGGAAGGACAUCACAGCCUUUCUGAUGGACAACCACGGCAUGGAGAUCGCUGGGGGCCUGGGGCCCACGGUGGGCAAGGUCCUCCGCAUCGGCCUCAUGGGCUGCAACUCAACCAGUGGCAACGUGGACCGAGUACUUCGAGCCCUGCAAGAUGCCCUGAAACACUGCCACUGCAGCAGGCUGUGA